CAAAAGUGACGCGUCUAUCCUCGUGCAAUGUCUAUGAUCGAUACGUAUCGCUGCUUUGGGGACUGUUCGUUCGGCAUUGUUGUCGACACUGCUCGGAGCUGCCAUGGGAUAAUUUUGAAUUUAGGAGAGUGUAACGUAUCGCUCGAUGUUUUUCACCUGUUGCUUUUAGAUUUUCGUGUGACAACCGUGCCCGUGUUCUCUUCCAGGAUGGUAAACGUUACUGGCACUUUAACGAAAGAUAAAAAAGGAAACGAUAAGAGGACAUCUGCGGACGAUAUGGAUGAAGAGCGCAGAAGAGAUUUGUCCUACCUCUAUCUUUGCCACUUGGAAGAAGCCAAGAAAUGGAUGGAAUCAUGCUUGAGAGAAUCAUUACCCCCAUCAAUGGAACUAGAGGAGAACCUUCGCAAUGGAGUGUAUCUGGCCAAACUCGGUCAUUUUAUGGCACCCAAUAUUCUGCCCUUGAAUAAAAUCUAUGAUAUUGAACAGCGCAGAUAUAAAGCUGUUGGAUUGCAAUUUCGUCAUACUGACAAUAUAAAUCAUUUUCUAAAAUGCUUGGAAUCCGCGCAAUUACCAUUGACAUUCUUGCCAGAAACAACAGAUAUAUACGAUAAGAAAAAUAUGCCACGACUAAUAUAUUGCAUUCACGCUCUUAGCAAGCAUUUGUUUAAAUAUGGGAAAGCGCCACCAAUGUCAGAUUUAUAUGGAAAAGUGAAUUUUUCUGAGGAAGAAAUUGAUACCGUUACUAAAGAAUUGCAAAAACAUGGCAUUCAAUUGCCCGCUUUUCAAAAAAUAGGAGGUCUAUUGACGAACAGCACAACUACGAAUGCAGCCAUACUUCAUGACGCUGUGAUUGCAAUUAAUCAAGCUGUGAUAGAUAAUGAUAAUGAUAAAAUUUUACAAAAACUUCAAAGUAAAGAGAUGCAAUUAAAUAACAUUGAACCUGCGUAUAUAGAAAAAUAUGCUGAGACAUUGUCAGAGGCUAAAGCUGCGAAAACGGAAGCAGCACUUAAUAAGUCCCUCAACGAUAGUUACGUAGCGGAUGAAUACGAUGAAUUAUUAACGCAAGCAGAAAUUCAGGGACACGUUAAUCAUGUAAAUGUUUCUUGUGCGCUCGAAGAUAUCGUUACAUCUUUAUCAUAUGACGAUGCUAAAAUAAUUGCCGCUUUGAAAGUGCCAGCAUUAUCUUUCAAGAAUAUAUUUUCUGAAAAUGUUGAAGAUUAUAAAGAACAACUAACGCUAAUAUUGAAUAAAUUCGAUUGGAGUGAUAUUUAUCCAUCUGAAAGUAUUCAGUACUGGAAAGAUACGUUUCAGAAUGCAAUUAACAAAGGAAAUGAGAACGCACAACGACAUCGCCAACGAGAAAAUACUAUCGAUCGUCUGAAGAUGGCUUUAGAAUCUGCUGACACAAAAAAGUUUUAUGAGAUUUUGAAAACUCCAUGUCUGGAAAUCUCUCACUGCAUUGAUGAGUUUGCAUUUCCAUUGUAUUAUCAAGAGAUGAGAGAAGAUUAUAUACAAUCUGGGACCAAUAUUACUUACGCUGAUAUAGUCAUUUGUAUACCUAUCUUAUCUGUUAUUGCUGCUAUUACUAAAGCAGUGGACACAGGAAAUCCAGAUCUUGUGUAUGAGAAGCUGUCGAAUCCUGAUGCAUGUUUAACUGGAUUAGACGAAUUUAAUAAAGUUAAAUAUGCUCGAGCAUUAACAACGGUUCGGCAAACGAAGCUAAAAGCGUCUCAAGAAUGCUCUAUAUUAACUUACAGUGAUAUUGAACAAUGCAUCAAUUCAGUGAACGCACAGUGCGACGAAGGUUUUGAAGUUAUACAGAUUUUGCAGCAGAUUAAUCGAGCCGUAGCAGCAAACGAUCAUGAGGGUAUGAUGAAAGCUUUGAUCCUGAUUAACGAAAAGUUUGAUAUACCUACAUAUCCGCAUGAUGCAUCGUUUUAUUUGAAACUGUUUAAGAAACGUUUAUUUGAAAAAGAAUCUGAUGAAUCUGAAUUAUGGCUGGAUGAUGUCAAAGCUAUAGCGAAGACAGUGACAUCAGAGAUUGAGGAAAUGCAAGAAAUGAUAAUAUUUUUGUGUGAUAUCAACACGUAUGUGGAGAAAAAUAAUAUAAUAGAAACUCUCGACUGCUUGAAAACGCUUAGUAUACCUAAAAGAUUUGAAGGAUUUACUAAGGAAUGUCAAGAGAGAUGCUUUCUAGCACUGCGGCAGUUACAGAAGCGGAAGCGCGAAAUGUACAGAUCUCCAUAUGUUUGCUAUACUACCAAUAAAGGAAAUAAAAUUUAUAUCGAUUUGAAAGGCGGAACAUAUGCGUGGGAACGUCCAAUAGAUUUUAUGAAAACUGGUUAUCUUACCAUGGAUGAUAUAAAUGAAACAAUUAAAUCUAUUAUAGCAGAAAAACGUGAAGAAGAUUAUAUGAUGUACGAUGAAAAAUUACUUAUUAAACUUCAAGCUUGCAUUAGAGGAUAUUUGUUUCGUAAAAGAAUUAACGAUAGAUAUGCUUAUUUCGACGAUAACCUGAGAAAAAUCAUCACAAUACAAGCGUGGUGGAGAGGCAUCAGGCAACGAAAACAAUAUCGUAAACUGUUGAAAAGAAGGCGACAGAAUAUGCUACUACAUCAGAAUAAAUCCUUAAAUGCAAAAACAAAUAACAAGGAUAACAGAUCAUGUCAAAAUAAAUUAUUAAAUGCAAGAGCAAACGACAAGGGUGAUAGAUUGAGUCGAUAUAAAAGACACGAAGACAAGAUAAUUAAGAUACAAGCUCUGUGGCGCGGCCGAGCAUCAAGAAAAGCUUUUCACUCUUUACUGCGAUCGGAAAAACCAUCGUUCCCUGUGGUCAGAUAUUUUUCAACGGUAUUAGGUUUUAGCGCCGAGGAUUACGACAAAGAUUUAGAAUUACAAAAAUUAAAACACGAAGUCGUCCAAUGUAUAAGACACAAUCAGAAUCUAUCAGAACAGUUGAAUAGCAUGUUCGUUAAAAUAGGAUUACUCAUCCAGAACAGAAUAGCGUUACAGGAUGUAGUGGCGCACGGUAAAAGUUUGGAUACUCUUGCGAAGGAAAAGAACGCAAACAAGGAUCAAAACAUUUUAAACGAUAUUACUACAUCGAUGGCACACAAAGGUCUCAAAUCGUUAACAAGAGAAGGUCGUAAAAUGUUGGAGGGCUAUCAGCAUUUGUUCUACGCGUUACAGACUAAUCCGCAAUAUUUGUCAAAACUGUUGUAUCUGCCUCCUAGCAAUAAGUCAAAUAAGUUGUUCCUGAAGAACAUUAUUUUGACGCUAUUUAAUUUCGGAUCGAAUACUCGGGAAGACUAUUUACUGCUGAAACUCUUUGGUUGCGCGUUGAGAGAAGAGAUUAAAUGCAAUUGCCAUCAGCCCUCCGAUGUGUUGACCGGCAAACCACUAGUUCGUGAAAUGGUGGUCAAUUAUGCGAAACAAUUCAACGGUCAGGCAUCAUUAAAACAGAUCGUAGGUCCAUUGAUCGAGAAAGUCCUGGAAGAGAGAGAUCUGUGCAUAGAAACAAAUCCGGUAGACAUAUACAAGCUUUGGCGAAAUCAGUUAGAAAUGGAAUGCGGCCAGUCUUUAAAUAUGCCUCACGCGGUAUCUCAGGAACAAGCGUUGAAGCACAUUGAAGUACGAGAGUCGCUUACGCGAGCGAUAAAUCAAUUGAAGAAAAUAUCCCUCGAAUUUCUUGAUAGGAUAACGCAGUCCCGCGAUCUGAUCCCUUAUGGAAUGCUCUACGUUUCGAAAGUCUUGUACAACACCUUGAUGGAAAAGUUUCCACAUGCUCCCGAGAAAGAUAUCUUGAAAGCAGUUGGCAAUUUAAUUUACUAUCACUUCAUCAACGCUGCGAUCGUAGCACCGGAUACCUUCGAUAUCGUAACAUUACCAGUCGACAGAACAUUAUCCUCCUGCCAGAGGAAGAAUUUGGCCAGUAUAGCGAAGGUGUUGCAAUUCUCCACCUCGAAGAAAGGUUUCGGCGAGGAGGCACCGCAUUUAGAGUGUUUGAAUCAGUUCAUAAUUGCCUGUCACGAGAAGUUUAAGGACUUCUUCCGGUACUGUUGUCAAGUGGAAGACCUCGAGGAGCACUUCAAUAUUCACGAAUACACAGAGGCGACGCUUAUACAAAAUCCGGAGAUAUGCAUAUCUUUACAGGAAAUCUGCGAGAUGCAUGCUCUGAUGUUGAAUUACGUGGAUCAAAUAGCACCGGAUCCAUCCGAUCCUUUGCACGACUUGUUGGACGAUCUGGGCCCAGCGCCGACCGUAGCGUCAUUGCUCGGGAUAUCCAACGCAGUGUACGAAGCAAACUUGGCACGAUACAGCAAGCAGGAGGUAUGCCUGGUACUAACUAACAAGUUCCAGGUGCCUCGGAACGACGACGCGAAUCUGAGCAACCUCUUUGUAAAAACGAAGGAGUUGCUCGUGUCGGUUAUCCCGUUUUUAAAGAAAUCGACUCUGAUGGAGUCUUUGGAGACCGUAUCCUCUCCGAUGUCCGUGAAACUGUUUGACUAUUCGUCCGUAUCGCCGACAGUUCGCGAGAGUUCAUCUAUAAAUGACUGUAAGAUUCGAUUACGCGCAUAUCUCAACAAGCUGGAACUCGAAGGAUGGGUCAGACGCGCGGAUGGUUAUCAAACGAUCGUGACCGCGAUAGCGAGAGACAUUUGCAACAAGAGCAAAUACCGCGUUGCGAGGGACAAGGAGUUGCAGACACUGCGGGCGACCAAGGUGCGAUUGGAAGAGAAGACGCGCUAUUACCAGGAGCAGGUUGGAUUCUACAACGAGUAUAUUAAGGGCUGCCUCCAGAAUCUGCACAGAGGAAAGAGUUCGCUUCGCGCGUACCAGGCGACGCAGAAGGACACUUACACGCAGUGUAAACUGAGAUCGAAGAUGACGGUGAAAUAUUCCGCGUGGAAGCUGCAGGAGAAGGGUGUGUUGAUGGAGGUCGACCAAGCGCUGAGUCCGACGGAGAUGAAGAAUGUGAUUUUCGAGAUAAGCCCGACGGAACACAGUGGCGUAUUUGCCGUUCGCUGCAAAUUCAUGGGAGUCGAGCUGGAGAAGCUCGACAUCAGCAUACAGGAGUUGCUCGAGUUGCAGUACGAGGGAAGACCCUGCAUGGAUAUGUUCGGUAGAGCGAAGGUCAACGUGAAUCUGCUUCUGUAUCUGCUGAAUCGAAAGUUUUACGGCAAGAAGAGCUGAAGAGACUGUUUUAACAAUCUUCUAACGGAAUUAGAAACAAUGGAAUCGAUUCACGCGUGUUGCAUGUGCAAUUUGUUGUUAGCACAGCAUGUUUAGAACGAAAGUUGAUAUUUUAUCACAAUGAUGAGUAAUCGAUGAUUUGAUACGAUUCUUUUCGUAUUUCGAGACCGUUUGAAAGUUGGCACACAAAACUGCAUAUAAUACCUGAAGUGGGAGAAAAGUUCGUAAAGUUUCACUUUUUCUUCGAAAAUAAAGCGAGCUAAUUGUCUUCUCUUCAAUGAUGCAAGUGCAAUUACACGUGCGUCGUAUACAAAAGGACUGUUUUUUCUGACUACAAGAUAGUUUCCUUCGAUUUUAUUCUUUCUCCUUUCUCUUUACUUUCUCUUACUUUCUCUUGUUUCUUAAUGUAAUUAUAUAUUCACUUUUUGAAUGAAGAAAAAACGGUCGACAAGACAAAAAAGAACAGACUAAAAUUCAAUCUUUCGCUGUAAUUAAGUGCUUUAUAUUUUUUUAAUCUGAAGGAUAUGGUGUAUAUUACGUCCACUUGUCACUGAUUUUAUUUUACGUGACGUUUUCUUUCAAUAAUUAAGCUAUCAGCAAACAUUACUAAUAUUUUAUAAACUAUCGCACAUCCCAGUAAUACAUUUAGUAAUCCGUUUAACAGCAAUCUAUCUAGUCUAUGAUAUUUCGUUUGUAAAUAAUCGUGUUUGUGAGUAUUUGAAAUAUAUUAACAAUGCAACGACGAUAGCUUGACAUCACAUUAUAUAUGUAUAUGACGAGUCUGCGAAUUUGUUCAGUUUGUGAUUGCGAAUCGGUAUGUGCGGAUUUCGAAGUGUGAGCUGACAAAAUUAGAAUUGUUCUAAGUUAAAAUGGAAUAAGGAAGCUUCGAUUGGCAUUGUAAUAUACAUAUACGAUUUCAGCAGUCGAAUUAAAUUGUCAAUUUUAAUAAAUUUUAAUAAAAUAUUUUUAUGCACUACUCG